CCAUAAAGAAAUUUAACUUGUGUCUUAUUUCUUUUUAGUUCUGUCUGCAAAAAUUUGGUUUAAAGUCUUGUCUUUGUGGGUUUGUUUCCGUGUGCGGUAAGGAGGAAGCUUGUGCUUGUAGACUUGUGUCUCUGCGAAAUUCGCUCUGGCAAAUUAUAAACCAUGGUUGGAGGAAGUAGUGCACAGAAGCUAACUACAAAUGAUGCACUUGCGUAUCUCAAGGCUGUGAAGGAUAAGUUUCAAGAUAAACGUGAUAAAUACGAUGAGUUUCUUGAGGUUAUGAAAGAUUUUAAAGCUCAGAGAGUUGAUACUACUGGUGUUAUCUUAAGGGUGAAAGAACUCUUCAAGGGGAAUAGGGAAUUGAUUUUGGGGUUCAAUACUUUCUUGCCAAAGGGUUUCGAGAUAACUCUCCGACCCGAGGAUGACCAACCUGCUGCGCCAAAGAAGCCUGUUGAGUUUGAGGAAGCUAUUAGUUUUGUCAACAAGAUUAAGACAAGGUUUCAAGGCGAUGAUCGUGUAUACAAAUCGUUUUUAGACAUUUUGAACAUGUAUAGAAAGGAAAACAAGUCCAUUACUGAGGUUUACCAAGAGGUGGCCAUCCUUUUUCGGGACCAUCACGAUUUGCUUGUGGAAUUCACUCACUUUCUCCCUGAUACUUCAGCAACUGCAUCUACUAAUGAUUCUCUAAAAAUGCCAGUACGUGAUAGAGGCAUUAAGCCUCUUCCCAACAUGCGUCAAAUAGAUCUUGAUAAGAAGGACCGGAUUUUUACUUCGCAUCCUGACCGUGCCCUCAAAACCGAACAUAUGGAUGUAGACCAUGAAAGAUCUUUGUUGAAAGAUAGUAAAGAAGAAGUGAGACGCAUUGAAAAAAAGAAUGAUUACAUGGAUGACAGAGAUAGGAAAGAUUACAGAGGUCUAGAACACGAUAGCCAUAAAGAGCAUUUCUUCAACAACAAAAAGAAAUUGAUAUUAAAGGAUGAUGAUUCUGCUGAAAUGUCAAAUCAAGCUAGGGAAGGAGACAAGUUUUCUGGAGCCAUUCCCAGCUCAUCUACUUAUGAUGAAAAAGGUCAUAGCCAAGAACUUGCUUUUGUUGAUAGAGUGAAGGCAAAGCUUGAUACCGCGGAAAACCAGGAGUUCUUACGAUGUCUUAAUCUCUAUUCAAAGGAGAUAAUCAGCCAACCAGAAUUGCAGUCUUUGGUGAGCGAUUUAAUUGGAGUAUAUCCAGACCUUAUGGAAGCCUUCAGAGUCUUUUUGGCUCAGUGUGACAAGAAUGAUGGAUUACUCUCUGGUAUCGUGUCUAAGAAAUCGUUGUGGAGUGAAGGCAAAUGUCCUCAACCUACUAAGUCACAGGACAAAGAUACAGACCGAGAACGUGAGAAGAUUGAAAGGUAUAGAGAAAGAGACCGCGAGAAGGAGAGGCUUGAAAAGGCGGCAGCGAGUCAGAAAUGGGCUAAACCUAUCAGUGAGCUAGAUCUCUCAAACUGUGAACAGUGCACACCUAGUUAUCGGCGACUUCCAAAGAAUUAUCCAAUUCCUAUAGCAAGCCAAAAAAUGGAGAUUGGUAGCCAAGUGCUUAAUGAUCAUUGGGUCUCCGUCACUUCAGGAAGCGAAGAUUAUUCAUUUAAACACAUGCGUAAGAACCAGUAUGAAGAGAGCCUAUUCAAAUGUGAAGAUGACAGGUUCGAGCUAGACAUGUUAUUAGAGUCUGUGAUCUCUGCUACUAAUAGAGUGGAAGAGUUAUUGGCAAAAAUUAACAGUAAUGAAUUGAAAACCGACACUCCCAUCUGCAUCGAGGAUCACCUCACAGCUCUAAACCUAAGAUGCAUAGAACGGUUAUAUGGUGACCACGGGCUCGAUGUGUUGGAUUUGUUAAAGAAGAAUGCAUAUCUUGCUUUACCGGUAAUACUAACCCGUUUGAAACAAAAGCAAGAAGAGUGGGCAAGGUGUCGUACUGAGUUUAACAAAGUCUGGGCUGACAUAUAUACAAAGAACUACCACAGAUCGCUUGAUCAUCGCAGUUUUUAUUUCAAACAGCAGGAUUCAAAGAAUCUGAGCACAAAAGCAUUGCUGGCAGAGAUAAAAGAGAUCUCUGAAAAGAAGCGAGGCGAAGAUGAUGCACUUCUUGCUCUUGCGGCUGGAAAUAGACGAACCAUUUCUUCCAAUAUGAGUUUUGAUUAUCCGGAUCCUGAUCUUCACGAAGAUUUGUAUCAGCUGAUCAAGUAUUCAUGUGGAGAAAUGUGUUCAACAGAACAGUUAGAUAAGGUAAUGAAAGUAUGGACAGAAUUUUUGGAACCAAUAUUUGGUGUUCCUUCUCGCCCUCAAGGUGCCGAAGACCGAGAAGAUGCUGUCAAGUCUACGAACCAAGACCGAGAAGAUGCUGUCAGUCCUCAAAAUGGAGCUAGUAUUGCCAACUCUAUGCGUUCAAAUGGCCCUCGAAAAGGAAAUGAAAGUAAUCAAGUGCGGCAAGCUAGUGAGUUGGAUAAAGAUGUCACUUCUAGUAAAACCUCAGAUGUCUUAUUAUCAUGUGACAACAACACUCAGAAUGAUAAAAUGCCGAAGAAUCUGACCACACCUGACGAAAGACCGGAAACCAAAGAAGCUGUUUCUAUUGAAUGUGCCCACAACUCAAAUGCACUGCCUGUGGAUGGAUUGUUACCUCAAAGGAAUGGAAAAAUCAGCAAUUUAUCCAUUGCCGGGCUUAGCAAUAGUAAUCCAAAACCUAGUGCAUUAACCAGUGGAACGGAGGAGUUGAAGCCGAAUCACGUAAAUGGGCCACGCGUAGAGAUUGGCGACAACCAAGUAAUUCCAAAUGGGACAUUGGCAGAAACAUCGAAUAAUCAAACAUCUAACGAAGGGUUCGCUGGGGAAACCAAAGUCGAAAGAGAGGAGGGUGAACUUUCUCCAACAGGAGAGUUUGAGGAAGAUAAUUUUGCAGUUCAUGGAGAGAAUGACAUGGAGGCUCUCAGCAAAAGUAAGGAGAAUGAUGCUACUGCAGAUGAUGAAGGUGAUGCAAGUGCUCCAAGAUCAUCAGAUGGCAGCGGAAACACAUCUCAGAACGGUGAUGUUUCUGGAACUGACUCUGGUGAUGGUGAAGAUUGUUAUCGCGAAGAUGAUAUGGACCAUAAUAAGGCAGAAAGCGAAGGUGAGGCUGAAGAAGGUAUGUCUGAUGCCCAGGAUGAUACUGAAGGAGAUAGGCCUGUGUUGUCCAUUUCAGUAAAAAACCUGCUACAUGUGAAACCUCUUGCAAAGUAUGUUCCUCCAGCUUUGCGCGAUAAGGACAAAGAUGAUUCUCGGAAGAACUCUCAAGUCUUUUAUGGGAAUGAUUCUUUUUAUGUUCUUUUCAGGCUUCAUCAGAUUUUGUAUGAUAGAAUAUUAUCAGCAAAAGUCAAUUCAUUAUCUCCAGAUAGAAAGUGGAAGACCUCAAAUCCAACAAACCCCGGUGAUUCGUACGCCAGAUUCAUGGAUGCUCUCUACAAUUUGCUCGAUGGCACAUCCGAUAAUUCAAAGUUUGAAGAUGAUUGCCGAGCAAUUAUUGGGACACAGUCAUAUGUUCUCUUCACAUUAGACAAACUGAUCUACAAGCUCAUCAAGCAUCUCCAAGGAGUAGCUGCUGAUGAGAUGGACAACAAAUUACAACAGCUAUAUGCAUAUGAGAAAUCCAGAAAGCCUGAAAAGUUUCUCGAUGCUGUUUAUUACGAAAAUGCUCGUGUGCUUCUUCCCGAUGAGGAUAUAUACCGCAUCGAAUGUGAAAUAUCGACACCAAGCAAACUCUCUAUUCAGCUUCUGGACUAUGGACAUGAUAAGCCUGAUGUGACAUCCAUAUCCAUGGACCCAACUUUUGCAGCUUACCUCCACAAUGUAUUCCUUUCCUAUCAACCUAAUGCGAAAGAGAAUCCCCGAAUCUAUUUGAAACGGAAUAAGCGUAAAAAUGGUGGUGACGAUGAACUCUGCACCACAGAUGGAGUUAAGAUUAUUAACGGUUUGGAAUGUAAGAUAACCUGCAGUUCUUCAAAGGUCUCCUAUGUAUUAGACACAGAGGAUGUGUUACAUCGUUCUAAGAGGAGAAAAUUUUUGAACCAAAGCGGUUUACCACUCAAACAGGAUUCUGUUUGCAGUGCUCUUAUGGUUAUUGCAAUCAUACAAGAUUCUCACGAGAUUCCUGUGCCGAAAAUAGAAUUAGCUUCUAUGGAUUUCACAGUGCACAAUAUUACACAGACUCGUCUUAGUGCAAAUUGGGAUUUGUCCAUAAGAAUCCCUAAUGAUCUUCCUGGUCAGUAUAUAUGUCUUCAAGGAGACCUUCAAGCUUCCUUCCUUUACAAGAACGUUACUCUUGCUACCUCAUCCCCUCAAAAAUACUACAAUCUCAAAUACCAAACUCCGCAACUUCUUACGGUUUCAGCUCUUGUUUCCGAUAAAGAUAUUAGCAGUUCAAUUGGAAAAGAGAUUAUAGAAGCUAUAAAAAAGAAGAAGGAAGUGCAAUUUGUAUCGCGGUUUUCUCUAACUGAUUGUAGAAAAAAUACAACAGGAGUUAUGAGUUAUGAGUGCGAUGAAGUCACCUUGAGGUUCGAACCUUCAGAGCUGAAGGCGAUUACUGUGUUUGGGAACUAUCCGAACUCCUUGAUCUCCGCUUUAAUUGGCCUUAUGGUUUAUCUAUACAAACAUCCCUAUAUUGGUGGUCGCGGAUUUCUGGACCCAUUGCCACCGUCGCCACCAGUGAGACCGGAAAUAGAAUUAACUUCUAUGGAUUUCACGGUGUUUAAUAUUACACAGACACGUCUUAGUGCAAAGUGGGACUUGUCGAUAAGGAUCCCUUACUAUCUUCCUGAUAGCUAUAUAUGUCUUAAUGGAGAUAUUCAAGUUUCCUUGCGUUACAAGAAUGUCAUUAUUGCUACCUCAUCCAUACAAAAAUACAACAAUCUCCGAUACCGUUCGGCUCAGCUUCUUAAGGUUUCAGCAGUUGUUUCCGAAAAAGAUAUCAGCGGAUUGAUUGGGAAAGACCUAAUGGAAGAUGUCAAAGAGAAGAAGAAAGUGCGUUUCGGGUCGCGGGUUUUAAUUACGGAUUGCAGAAGAAAUAUGGCAGAAAUAUGCGUUUUGGAUGCCAUGAAGUCACCUUGCGGUUCGAACCUGGAUCAGAGAUGAAGGCGACUAUGUUUGGGAACCACCCAACAUGCUUCAAUUUUUGACCAAAGUCCACUUCAUUGUUUAGUGUUUUCUUGUUUCUUUCACCAAUUCAUUGUUAAGUUUGCAAACUUUACUUAGGUAAACUUUUUUUCUUUGGUUUUCUUUACGGGGAAUAAGAAUUCCACUAUUAC